AUGAGAAGAGCGAGCGGUUUCGUUCUUUCCGCCAUCCGUAGAAGUAGAACCUCCUUUGCGCGCCGUCACGGCAACUUCUGCACAACGCCUCUUCCUCUCCCGCAGAUGGACCAUCAGUCAGACUCAGAGCGUUACGAUUUCAAUCCCAUUCUUCGUUGGAACCCCGAGGUCGAGCGUUACUUCAUCCACGCCUACGGCGCUGACCACUUCUCUCGCAUUUCUGCAGCUCUUACAUAUCCGUCCCGGUAUUCUUGCAUCCGGGUCAAUUCGCUGAAGACGACGAGCGACGCCGUCAUUGAGAAGCUACAAGGAAUUAUAGGGGAAACUGAGGUUGAGGGGGAUCAGGACGAAGUAAAAUGUGGUGGAAAGGCAAGCGCAGGGAGUCCUUUAGAGGAAAGCUGGAAAGAUGGCCGAAUUACCAAGUGCAAGAUACCUGGAUUGGAUUACGUUGUGUUUGUCAAAGGCUCCGGACCAUGCGCAAUUGAUUAUGGCUGCGCAUCUGGUGCUCCUCCUAAGGAGGUGAUUGUGAGCAGGAAAUGUGCCGAAGCCGUUCUACGUGGUGCUCAGGUGUAUGUUCCUGGUGUGCUGGCUUGUAGCGCUCAUGUUGAAAAAGGAGAUACAGUUGCAGUUUCCGUUGCUUUGGAACAGCGGAUGGCUGAUGGUGGAUGGGCCACUGGCAUUACUCGUGGGACAGUUUUACAAGGACUGCAGACAGAUCCUCAUUAUUCUGAAAGAAGAGGACUAUAUAUUGGCCAAGGUAAAGCAAUGCUGUCGAGAGCUGGGUUAUUCCGUGUUACAGAAGGAAUUGCUGUAGAUAUGAAUAAUCGGGUGUUUAAGCUCCCCUCUUUCCAUGAUGUGCUUGAGGGGGAAAUAUUUCUUCAGAACCUGCCCAGCAUAGUUGCUGCUCAUGCUCUUGAUCCUAAAAAGGGUGAACGCAUACUUGACAUGUGUGCUGCGCCAGGAGGAAAGACCACUGCAAUUGCAAAUCUUAUGGAAGAUGAGGGAGAAGUAGUAGCAGUUGAUAGAUCUCACAAUAAGGUGUUAGAUAUUCAGAAUCUAGCUGCUGAAAUGAGCUUGACAUGCAUAACAACUUACAAGUUAGAUGCUCUUAAAUCUAUAUCCCGAGCAAAUGAAUCCAUAGACAGUGGUGUGCCGCAAAUUUCCAAUUCUGUGACCCCUACUGAGAAGCAAAUGUCAGUGCAUGAUGGGUUAUGUGGUGAUAAGAAUUGUGUUGGUAAUGGAAAUGUUUUCAGGGAUGGGAAAAUUGACAACAGCUAUGUGAGCCAAGCUCAUAUCAGAAAGAACAAGAGGCGAAUGAAGAAUGGGCCUGGGAAAAAUCAUAGUGUAGGUGGUCGUGUUGAGAAUUCAAAAGGUUUCUCUCCUGGCAGUUUUGAUCGAGUUCUGCUUGAUGCUCCUUGUUCUGCUCUAGGUUUGAGGCCUCGACUUUUUGCUGGAGAGGAUACAAUAGAAUCUCUAAGAAACGAUGCAACCUAUCAGAGGAAAAUGUUUGACCAAGCUGUUAAACUAGUUCGCCCUGGUGGAGUGAUUGUGUAUUCGACGUGCACAUUGAAUCCUGGUGAGAAUGAAGCAUUGGUACGAUAUGCUUUGGACACCUAUAAAUUUCUCUCGUUAGCUCCUCAGCAUCCAAGAAUCGGAGGACCUGGUCUUGUUGGUCGUUAUGAAUUUCCAGAUGGGUAUAUCGAGGAGUGGUUAAAGCCUGGGGAGGAAGAAUAUGUUCAGAGAUUUGACCCGUCGGCUCCUCUCGACACCAUUGGGUUUUUCAUCGCUAAGUUUUCAGUUGGCUCCAAUAGCAAUGUCUAA